UGGUGACGAGACAGCCAGACUGGUCACAAAAGGCAGCCUACCCUAUACACUUGGGAAAGUAUAUUUUUUUAUACUGUUUUAAUGCUAGCAUUUUAUUCCAUUUGCAACGGCAACAAACGCAAGCAGAGAGAAGAGUUUCCCAGUGCCUCUAGACUUCUAGAGAGAGAUCAUCCGCUGCAGGGCAGAGACCACAGAGCAAGGCCAGCUGGCCACACGGCGAGGCGGCAAUGAGCAGCAUCACCGCCGGCACCUACCCGGAGAGCGUCAGCUCCUGCCACCCUCCCACCCCACCUUCUUCCCCUCCCCAUCAUCCGGCACCGCCAUCAGCCAUCCACGGGGCCCCACUGAGGCGGCGGUUCGACUUCGCCGACGCCAACUCCGGCGGCGACCUGGACGAUGACGACUUCAUCCGCGCCGUGGAAUACAUUGAGCGGGCCCCGUCGUGCGUUUGCAGGCGCGGUAACUGCGUGGUGGAGCGGGACGAGCAGCGCGGCCGCUGGGUGUACGUCUGCCCGUCGCAGCCGAAGUGCAACCACGUUUCCUUGUGUGAAGAAGUAGGUCUUGAUCCUGAAUUACAACCUACUGCUAGGAAUCAUCCUAAAUCAAGAAAUAAUUGUGUGAUCAACAUCUCAAGCAAUCAUGUGGCUGAACCUACAACAAUAAUUAAUGAUGUUUAUCUCCGAGGCGCUGGUGCCACAACUCCAAAUAUUAUCAGCCCCCAGGCUACUAUUCCUAAACCUCCACUCAAAUCCACUUUCCAAAGUGCUGGUACUACAAUGCCACUUCAUGUUAGUCCAAAAGGCCCAAGUGCUACAGCUGCGGUAAAAGUUCGUCCCCAAGGGGCUAGAUCUAAUGAUAAAAAGCCAAUCUGCAAGUGUACUGCCGGGAAGUGCAGAGUAUUGAGAGUGGGCAGCGAAGACUACUAUGUAUGUCCUAUACCCAAGGGACAUGGCGCAUGUAGUUACAUGAUGCAUGUAGUUUCUGCUGUUAAUGAACCAACACAAACUGGAACAAUGGGGGAUAAGCAUUUGAAGGACAAUCAUAUCGAGAAGGAAGCUAAUGAAAGCAAUCUAGCUCAAGCAGAAGAAGAAAAUGAUACAAAUGAACCAGUCAAUCCUUCUCAACCUGUUGAGAAAGAAGCUCAUGGAAACAAUCUUCUUCAAACAGGAGAUAACACUGCAAAUGGGUCAGUCAAUUCUCCUCAAUCUGAUGAUGAAUGCCCAGUUGAUGCCGUCAACAACGAAAUCGUACUCGCAGCCCAAGCAAUGCCAAGUGCUGAAGUUUGUCAGGCAUCACUAAGUAUGAAGUGUGAAAUGACCGCCGAGGCGGAAGCACCCACAAAAUCACCCGCGCCACCUUAUGGUACCAGCAGUCCCAUUAAUCCACGAUCAGAAAACCGUGUGUCCCCAACUGGGAGGAUAUUAGAAGCAUUUGGUGAACUGAUGAUCUCGUUCUGCUCUGGGCUAUGUGCCCCAUAAGCAUUUGGGCUCCUGCUUACUAACCGUAAUCGGCUUUGGCAUGGUAGUGAAAUAUAUAAUAUAGAGGAGGGGCAUUAUCUGCUUAGUUAAUAAUUUAAUGUAGGUCAUAAUUCAUAAUAUCAUUGUACAUAUAUGUA